CUGCUCCAUUCCCUUUCUUUGCUUCGGCUUAUCGAGCCCAGGAGACCACAUCGGUUUGUGAAGCCGACCGACGAACCAUCGCUGCUUCUCCCUCCCUCCUCUUUGGUCUCGUCGACCACCGACGAUGCUCCCCCUGAUGGAUUUACCAUCACCGGGCCAAGAACCACCAUCGUCGCCUCCUUAUUUCUUUGAAUCAGAUGAACCCCGGAGUAGCCUCUCCGACCCACCCACGAUCGAUGCCCAUCGGCGCUGCUUCGACGGCGUUACGUUCCUUUCUCGUUCCCGAUCAAGUGAAAGGAAGAAGACGACUCUUCUGUUCUUGGAGCCUGUUAAUCAACUGGAAACGGGGAAAUAAAAAUAAACUCGGUGGUUCGCUUUAAGAGCAACGAACAUCACAUAACAACUUUCACGACAAGUUUCUCAAAAGGAACCGACUUCGAACGAUUGAAACUCACGCUUCAAGGGUGAGUGCUUACGGCCCCUUUUCAAUAUUUUAAUUAUUUCAGGGGGGAAUACAUGUGCCUAUAUGUUUUGUUUAUACAAAUAUAUUAUUUUUUAUAUGAAAAUACAAUAAACAUAGUUUAUAAAAAUAUUAUUAUUUAACAAUUUACCAUAUUGUUAAAAAUAAACUAGUAAAAACUUUUCAUAUACAUGUUAUGAUUAUUUUAUCGUGAAAUAACCAUUUCACACAACAAAUACUACACGAUACAAAGUUUUAUGAUUUUUAUAUUAUAACGAGUACGUUAUGAAACUGUGUAGUAUUUCAAUGGUUCAAGAUAUUACUAUGCAUGUAUAUUUAUAUGUUUAUAUGUAUAAAAGUUUAUACAUGUAUACAUGUUCAUUAAUUUGAAACAUUUAUUUUUAGUCUUAUAUGAUAUGCAUACUACCGGUUUACAGUAUUUAAAAGUUUCAAAGACUACACCCAUGAAUACUUUUAUACAAAAGGCUUUACACACUUUUACAAGAUCGUUAUGUUGAAAUACAUAAUCUCUAUAAAAGCGAGUAAUUUAUACUUUUAUAAAUACGUCAACCAUACUCGGCUUUUACAAAUGCUAUACUACGAAAUUCAUUAUGCCCAAUACUUAACUAUAAUUAAGUUAGGGCUGAGAGUUAUUCACAAACUUUUCGUUAAUGGUUUUUGAGUGAGACGCUACUAUUCAUUAGCUGAGUUUAAUCACUUAGCCUGCCCCACACUGCUAUAAUCGUUAAUCUUCGGAGCGAGAUACAUAUGUAUAGAUCUAUAUGGGGUCGACAACCCCACCUGCGGUUGCUAGCUACAACCAUCGACUGAUCAAUCGUAGCAGGUGAUAUGUGUCUACGAUCGUUACUACGACGUCCAAUGAAGCGUCGUAGGGAGGGGUACUUUUCGUCCAUAUCUCGAUUAUAGAACUCACUAAAAACAUUAACUCGAAUUUCUCUCUCUCUUACUACAACCAUAGGUUUGGUUGCCUUCAAGUAUAUUUUUUUAAGUAUGAAAAUUACUUAUACAAAGCAUUCAUUUGGACUUUUAAGAAGUCAUUACAAGUAUAUUUUUAAGUAUGGAAAUUACUUAUACAAAGCAUUCAUUU